GUGUUUUGAUAUAGCAUUCAUUUAAUAUCAGUUCUAAACUUUUUCUUUUUGGAUGAAUUGAUCGAUGUCUUGCAGUGUGGAGAUGGUGGAGAAAGUACAGCGCCCUCUGGUGUCCAGUCUAGUACAUGGCAGAGAAGAGUCUCCAGGUGUUCCUGAAAAAAACUUACAUCUAUCAUUGGGAAGAAGAAGGGCAGAGGGAGGAAAGGCUGCAGGUGGACAUGGGAGCAGCAUGGCGGGCCGUCCAUCUGCCGCCAAUGCCGCCCGAGAGAGAAAUAGGGUACAGACCUUGCGCCAUGCUUUCCUGGAGCUUCAAAGGACAUUACCUUCUGUGCCACCAGAUACCAAGCUUUCCAAACUGGAUGUACUUAUUUUGGCCACAACCUACAUUGCCCACCUUACACGUAGCCUACAGGAAGAUGAAGAAGGUAGCCCGAACCAUCAGCCUGUUGCUCCAAGCAACUCUGGCAACCUUAGCCCAGAGCUCCUUGGGACUUUGCAUAGUGGGGAUGGAUAUCUUCACCCUGUUAAGAAAUGGCCUAUGAGAUCCAGGCUUUACAUUGGUGCCACAGGCCAGUUUCUGCACCAGUCAGGCGGGCCGGAGAAUCAAGAACAAGAAGAGAAGAUCCCGUGAUCACGGUGUCCCAUCUACACCAGGAGACACCUCUAUCAUUAAUAGCAGUGAAGGCUGUAAGACAUUGGAGAGCUGCUGGUGAAAAAGCCUGCUGUUUGAAGUGUCUCUCAACGUCAAUUUUUAGUCUCUUCAAUGAAAAGCACUACAUUUAGAUAAAGAGUAACGUAUCAAAUAAACGAGGGUGUGGAGGGUGUAUACAUUUACAGAGAUUUAUGUUGGCUUACAUUAAAUCAUAUUUAUGAUGCAAUAUUUCUUUCCAAUCCGGGUGAUAAAGAUGUUUAGAAAUAUGAAAGACACAAAAAAUCGUUUAGUAAGUGACACAUUCUACAAGCUCAUAGCUGAAACAGGGUCGUUUCCUAUCUAACCCGUCAAGAAUGGAACUGGCGGAUCGUUAAACUAUUUAAUUAACCUUAUAAAGAUAUAUGUGAUUUUAUUUAUUUCUAAGGGUUCCUGGCUGCUUCUAGUUCAAUAUAUAAAUGUAUGUUUAUUGGUCAUGGUGAUACUGCAUGUGUGUAACGUUAAUACUCAUUGUACAGCGCUAUGGAAUAUGAUGGCGCUAUAUAAAACAAUAAAUCAUCAU